CGUUAUUCCUUGAUUCCCGCCUUUUUUUAACACUUACAUAUGUAGUUAAACUAAGGUAGUUAGGUACCUAAUUAACUAAGCUACUUGAUAAGUUAGCAUUAUAGCUCUUUAUGUGAAUAUCAACUAUGGAAAAUUCAGUCAUUUCCACCAUUGGAAAAAUUAAGCUCCAGGAAAUAGAAAAGGAGGCAAAAUUAAAAGAAAUACGCGAAUACGAGACAACUUUAGCGUCUUUAAAUCGGGCGAUCCGCGAAGCCAAUUUGCAAUAUGAAAAAUUUGUAGAAGAAGAAGCGGAACUUCUAAAACGAACAGAUAAUCUUCGAAGUGAGUUAGAGAUAGAAAAAAUUCGCAGAAACGCGUACUCAAUGCAAAUGGAAGCCUGUUUCAAAGAAUUUGAAGAAUUAAGAAACAAAGUAGAUGAAGGUAUUUCUAAAGUUUGGGACCAAAGGUCGUCUCUAUGCAAUGAGGUUCAAAAUGCAUCUGAUAAAUGUGAUGUUUGGACACUGCUUAUAAGGCCUACAUGGACCGACCUAUCGCCGAAACCCAUUAAAAAACCUGAGAAUUCAGUUGAGAAUUCUAUUAUUGAAGAUAAACUGAAAAAGGCACUAGAGAGACGAGAUAAGGCCAUCUCAGAACGUAAGCGUUUGAUGGCGGAGCCGGAUGAAGGGGAAGAAUUUAUAAGAAUUAAAAAUGCACUUCGAUAUUCUUCGGAAAUGGUAGAAAACUUACAGAGACAACAGUCAUAGAAGAUAUUGGAGCGUACAAGUUGAACAUAUUUUUAGGUCUCUCGAACCCCCAUAUUUUUACACAACUAUGUUAGGAAACAUUUCCGCCCACUCAGAAAUUUCAGCAGUAAAGUUGAAAUCAAUGAAAAUGAACCAAUCAAAUUUACAACAAGUGCUGCAGCAAGAAAAACAGCAUUACCCGUUUUCAGAAAGCCUAUAGCAAAUAUGCCUUGGU